UUCGUUUAUAAUUUUAUUUCAACUUAAAUAGGGCGAAAUUUUCGGUAACACCGAAGCAACGGAAGCUUUCUUUGCAAUGACGAAAUUGUUUCAAUCAAAAGAUGUUAUCUUAAGAAGGAUGGUUUAUUUAGGAAUUAAAGAAUUAAGCUCUUUAGCUGAUGAUGUAAUAAUUGUAACUUCUAGUCUUACCAAAGAUAUGACUGGUAAAGAAGAUUUAUACAGGGCGGCUGCUAUAAGAGCUUUAUGCAGCAUUACUGAUUCUACCAUGUUACAAGCUAUCGAAAGAUACAUGAAACAAGCGAUUGUUGAUCGUAAUUGUGCCGUUAGCAGCGCCGCUUUGGUUAGUUCUUUGCACAUGACUAAAAUGGCAGGAGAUGUUGUUAAAAGAUGGGUUAAUGAGGCACAAGAAGCUGUUAAUAGCGAUAAUAUUAUGGUUCAAUACCAUGCUUUGGGCGUUUUAUAUCACAUCAGAAAAUCUGAUAGACUUGCUGUUACAAAAUUAGUAGCAAAAUUAACAAGAAUGUCAUUAAAAUCGCCAUACGCAGUUUGCAUGUUGAUUCGUAUUGCUGCAAAAUUACUUGAAGAAGAUGAUUCUGGAAGCGGUUCAAAUCAGCUCUUUGAAUUUAUUGAUUCCUGCUUAAGACAUAAAUCUGAAAUGGUUAUUUACGAGGCAGCACAUGCAAUUGUAAACUUAAAACGCACUACAAGUCGCGAAUUGGCUCCAGCUAUAAGUGUUCUCCAAUUAUUUUGUAGCUCUCCAAAACCUACAUUGCGUUUUGCCGCCGUUCGCACAUUGAAUCAAGUCGCAAUUUCCCAUCCAGCUGCUGUAACAGCUUGCAAUUUAGACUUGGAGAACUUAAUUACUGAUUCUAAUAGAUCCAUCGCAACUUUGGCUAUAACAACAUUAUUAAAAACUGGUGGAGAAUCUUCUGUUGAAAGAUUAAUGAAACAAAUAUCAAUGUUUGUCUCCGAAAUAAGCGACGAAUUUAAAGUUGUUGUUGUACAAGCGAUUCGAGCUUUAGCUUUGAAGUUUCCGCGUAAACAUAGCGUUUUGAUGAAUUUCUUAUCAGCUAUGUUAAGGGAAGAGGGUGGGUUUGAUUAUAAAGCUUCUAUUGCUGAUACUAUUAUUACCAUCAUUGAGGAUAAUCCCGAUGCUAAAGAAACUGGUUUAGCGCAUUUAUGUGAAUUUAUUGAGGAUUGUGAACAUACAUCUUUAGCUGUGAGGAUUUUGCAUUUAUUAGGAAAAGAAGGGCCACGUACCAAGCAACCAUCAAGAUAUAUUCGAUUCAUUUAUAAUCGAGUAUUACUUGAAGACCCAAGAUUUCGUGCUGGCGCAGUAUCAGCAAUGGCACAAUUUGGAGCAACAUGUCCUGAUCUUCUUGAUAACAUUCAAGUUUUAUUAACGCGGUGUCAAAUGGAUCCUGAUGAUGAAGUUAGAGAUCGAGCUACUUACUACAGCAAUAUUUUAAGGGAAGGUGAUAAAAGCCUUUUCAGCAAUUACAUAGUUGAGCCAAUGAAGGUUUCAAUUCCGGCUUUAGAGCGAUCUUUAAAAGAAUACGUUCAAGGGCCUACAGAUCAACCAUUCGAUAUAAAAUCAAUUCCAGUUGUAACUCCAACAGCUCCAGAAGAGAUUCAUGCUGCCGCCCAAAAAACCGAAGGAAUGUUAAUUUCAACCGGACCAACAACAAAACCGGUUCAAGCUACAAGAGAAGAAACAUAUUUGAAAGAAAUGGCUACAAUUCCUGAGUUGCAACAACUUGGGCCUCUAUUUAAAAGUUCUGAAAUUGUUGAACUUACAGAAUCUGAAACUGAAUUUGUUGUUCGUUGUAUAAAACAUUGUUAUAGUAAGCAUUUGGUGUUACAAUUUAAUUGCACCAAUACUUUGAGCGAUUUAUUGUUGGAGAAGGUUCGAGUUCAAAUUGAACCAAGUGAAGAUUACAUAAUCGUUAAAGAAAUUCUGUGUGCUAAAAUUCCAUACAACGAAACUGGAACUUCUUAUGUUAUUUUAGAAUUUCCAACUGAAUUAAAUGCUUCUGUAGGAACAUUUGGAGCUGUUUUAAAAUUUGUUUCGAAAGAUUGCGAUCCAAGCACAGGAAUUCCGGAUUCUGAUGAAGGUUUCAAUGAUGAAUACAUCCUUGAAGAUUUAGAAAUAACGCCAUCUGAUCAAAUUUUAAAAGUUAGUAAAGUAAAUUGGUCAGCCGCUUGGGAUGAAGCAAGUGAAGCUACAAAUUAUUAUGUUACAAAUAUUGUGUUUUCUUUAAGUUCUGUUAACACUUUAGAGGAAGCUAUCAAAAAUAUUAUUCAAUAUUUAGGGCUUCAACCUGCUGAACAUUCUGAUAAAGUUCCAGAAGGAAAGAGUGUUCAUUCGUUACUUUUAGCGGGUGUUUUCCGUGGUGGUAUCGAUAUUUUAGCACAAGCUAAACUUGCUUUGGCUGAUACAGUUACAAUGGAACUUAUUGUAAAAGCUACAGAUGAAAUUGUCGCCGAAUUAAUUGUAUGUUCUAUAGAAUAAAUUAUCUUAAGAGUUUAUUGUAUGUAAAAGUAUUCAUAUUAAAAUAAUUAACAUUUA